GAAAUUCUUUAUGAAAUUGAAAAUUGAAGUGUAAAGUGUGUAUAAUUGAUUUAUAAGGAAAUCAAUUUUUAUCAGUGGAAAAAAAUGAAUAUUUUAAAAUAAGAGACAGAGAGAGAGAGAGAUAUGCCAGGUGUGUAUAUGUAUAUGGAGCAGAGAAUUAGUGAGAAUUGUUGCAUCGUUGCCGAUUAAUUGCGCAUUGCUAUUUUCAGAGUGAAUCACCUUGAGCCAUUGGUAUAUGAGCAUAAGGAAAAAGUUGUCAACUGUCUCUUUUUAUUUUAAUCUUUGAUUCCAAACAUUUUCUGUCAAUUCUUCAGUUUCAAAUCAAAGCAAAAAAAAAAAGAUAAAAGUGACAUUCAAAAUUUGCCCGUUUGACAUAAAAAUCAAAAAAUAGUUUCGAAUUCAAAGAUUUUCUCCAAAAAAAGUGAUGUGUUUUCAAUAACAAUAAUUACAUCUCCAUCGAGUGUAUUGCUUAUUUUUGACAGAUUUCUAUUCACAAUAAUUAAAGAAAACAAAAAAUGCCAAACGGAGGGCGAAGGGUCGAGCAUAGAAAAAUGAUUUCGAGUAAAUUGAGACAAAAAGCAGAGGUCAUGGAGGAGAAGAAACAAAAUCGACGUCCUUUACCGAGACCAAAUGAAACUGAGGAGGAGGCGGUGAUUCGUCGAUUUCACGACGCCCAAAGAAUGGCACGAUUUCGUGCGAGAAGAAAAAAGGCCCUCGAGGAAUCACGAGCUUUUCGAGAAGAUCAAUUAACGAAAUUAGGACUAAUAACCGAACUUAAGAAACGAAAUAUUCUAUUUCAAGUCCUGAGUACUGUGAAACCUUCGAUUCCUGACAAUUUUCUACCUCAAGACGAUGAAACAGAUACUGUAACAAUAUUUCCCCUGAAUAGUGACUCAAAAUAUUCUCAAUUGCUCUCAGUUAUACAAGAAAUUGGCAAAGACAUUAAAUUAACAUACGCGGGAAGUCGUAAUUCGAUGGAAAAAUUGAAAAACGAAAUUCUUCACGCGAGACAUUUGGUAAAAGACUGCUUGUUGGAAACUGAAGCAAAAUAUUCGCCUGGAUAUGAAUUUUCAUAAAGUAAUUAAUUUAAUAUCUUAAUUUAAUUAACAUCUUAAUUCGAAUAAACAUUUUUAAUUUUAUC